CUUUUUGAUCAUGUUGCUGAAUGCCUGGGAGACUUCAUGGAAAAACACAAGAUUAAAGACAAGAAGCUUCCUGUUGGGUUCACCUUCUCAUUCCCCUGCAGACAGAGCAAGUUGGAUGAGGGGAUUCUAAUUACUUGGACUAAGCGCUUCAAAGCAAGUGGUGUGGAAGGAGCAGAUGUGGUUAAGCUGCUAAACAAAGCCAUCAAAAAGAGAGGAGAUUAUGAUGCAGAUAUUAUGGCUGUUGUCAAUGACACGGUGGGAACAAUGAUGACAUGUGGGUUUGACGAUCAGCGUUGUGAAGUUGGUAUCAUUAUUGGUACUGGCACUAAUGCCUGCUACAUGGAGGAGCUGCGGCACAUUGACCUGGUGGAGGGGGACGAGGGCCGCAUGUGCAUUAACACCGAGUGGGGUGCAUUUGGCGAUGAUGGAUCACUGGAGGACAUCCGCACCGAGUUUGACAGAGAAAUUGACAGAGGAUCUCUCAACCCAGGGAAGCAGCUGUUUGAAAAGAUGGUUAGUGGCAUGUACAUGGGGGAGCUCGUGAGGCUCAUCCUCGUCAAAAUGGCCAAAGAAGGCCUUCUCUUUGAAGGACGGAUCACACCAGAGCUGCUCACCAAAGGGAAAUUUGAUACCAAGCACGUUUCAGCAAUAGAGAAGAGCAAAGAGGGUCUCAACAAAGCAAAGGAAACUUACCCGCCAUGCUGA